CUUGUCGACGAAACAUAUAGACCCGAAGAAGGCAUCUUUGGUUUGUCAACGAGGUUAAAAGAUGCUUCUGCUGACAAAUUAAGAUCUGCCUCUAUUAUUCGUCGAGAAAUGCUAAAGGCUGGCCUCGAAGUCUACGAACAACCUUUUAACUUUUCACACAAGUUACUGGAAAGCGUGGGUAAUGUCACCAGCUCGAAUUUAUACGCCAUAAUGCGUUCCCGUGGUGGUAGUCGAACCGAAGCUAUCAUCGUCACUGCGCCGCUACGGGCAGCUGGAGAAUCUGAAGGACCCAUUCCUGGGAGUUAUACCUACCUUAUUUCAGUUACCAAGCAACUAAGGACACAACUCUACUGGGCGAAAGAUAUCAUAUUCCUAUUUCCUGACAUGGAGCAUAUCGGGCUGUUGGCUUGGUUGGACGCUUACUAUGGCGUAGAAACGUCUCCCCUUAUCCGCGGAGCCAAGUUAGUGGGUCGUUCUGGUAGUAUUCAAGCGGGAAUCAACAUUGAAUUGCCUACAUUGGGCUUGGCACGACUUGAUGUUUCGUUCCAGGGUAUUAACGGGGAGCUACCAAACCUUGACCUUAUAAAUACAGUUGUUCGCAUCGCCAAAAAACUUGGCAUCCCAACCUCAUUGCACGGUCAGCUUCAAGGUUUUGGCAAUUCGAGACCGCUUGUGCAACUUCAACGGUUUCUCGGUUCUAUGUGGGCGCAAGGCACAGGUUCUCCUACAGGCCUGCAUGGACCCCUCAUCAAUUUUCAGGUUCCGUGUAUAACCAUUCGAGGUAUCCCAAGCGGUGCAUCUGAGGGACCCAACGCCAAUUUCGUCCGUCUCAUGGGCAGUUUGAUCGAGGCCUUUUUGCGUUGCUUGAACAAUCUUCAAGAGCGCCUUCAUCAGUCUUUCUAUUACUACCUGUUGCCGGACCUUUGGCACUAUGUAUCUAUUGGAGUGUACUCGCCUUUCUUUUACGCUUCUCUCGCUGGAAUUCUGCUGCAGGUCAUUCGCAUCUACGUCGAACUCACUGUGCCUUUAUCAUCACCAAGCGAGCAGCCGGAAAAGUCUCCACACAAAAUCCAAGAAUCCUCUACUUUAGAGUCAGAGAGCUCCGCGUCUGAUUCUUCGAAGCGCCUGAAGGAAGAAGAAGACGGAGCUAAGAAGGACCACAGGGCGUCACAGUCGACGCCACAGAAUCGCCUGCAAUUGAGCGCGUUUCGUCCCGCCGUCUCGUCACUGGCGCUUUGCAUUGCCGCCGGGGCUAUCGUGCACGCCUUUCCCGAUUGGCUCUACGCGAGCAUCGUAGCGACUUCCUCCAACACCCCUGACGCCGUCUGGCCGCUCACCGAGAAUGUCUUCUUCCUGGUCUUCGUCGGUCUCUUCGCCGCAUUCGCUUUCCUCCUGCCCGCACUUGGGGCUGCUUCAAAGAGCUCUUGGCUGGGAUACGGACAGGACUGGCGCGUAUCAAGUGCCUUUUCGCUUCUCCUUUGGUCCUGUUUUCUCGGCUGCUUUGCCCCCCUCAACAUCUCGGCCAGUUUCUUUCUGCUCGUCGUUCUUGAACCCGUGUUGCUUCUCCUCUGUCUAAUUUCAACCAGAGCUAAGCGCAGCCUCGGAUUGGUGUUGCUUCUCGCGGUGUCGCCACCGGGUCUCGUGGUGCUUGGCACACUCAUUCACCCCCACAUUCCUCAAUACCCACCGCCUCCUGCUCAAACCGAUACCUCCCAGAUCUGGGGCCUUGUUCAGCAAUGCGGGAAGGUCCUUCUACAGGCUCAUAUGGAAGCCGCGGUGCUCGGCUCGUGGACCUGGGGCAUCGCCACUCUCAUCACGGUCCCCCUCUGGAUGUUCACUUGGAACGCCCUCGUCCUUAGCCGCUUCUAA